UUUGUAGGUCAAGAUGUUAUUAAAUAUAAAAAGUAUCUUAUGGAUGUGCUCUAUUCCAAUAGUAACAUAUACACUGCAAAAAGUUAAAGUGGACAAAAAAAUCCAUGUACAGGGAUCCUUAUCUCGAAGAGCAAUCCUACCUUGCCUCUUUUCAACUUUGCCCACUUUGUCUCCCAGCUUCCACAAUACAAAUGAAUUUCUUCGAAUCAAAUGGUCAAAGAUUGAGCUGGAUAGGAGUGGAAAAGACCCUAAAGACAUCACUGUCUUGGUGACCCAAAAUGGGAACAUCAAAAUAGGCCGAAAUUACAAAGACAGAGUGUCUGUUCCAACCUACCCAGAGGGCACUGGUAAUGCUUCAUUAACUAUUGAUAAACUACGUGCAAGCGAUGCAGGUGUAUACCGUUGUGAGGUCAUGUAUGGAGUUGAAGACACACAAAACACCUUCUCAUUGGCUGUUGAUGGUGUUGUAUUUCACUAUCGCGCAGCAAGUAGUAGAUAUACUCUGAGUUUUAAGCAAGCUCAGGAGGCUUGUCUGGACAACGGUGCUGUCAUAGCAACCCCUGAACAACUGAAAGCUGCAUACGAAGAUGGAUUUGAGCAAUGUGAUGCUGGCUGGGUGUCUGACCAAACAGUUAGAUACCCAAUUAGGCAACCCAGAAUUGGCUGCUUUGGAGAUAAAAUGGGAAUGGCAGGAGUCAGGACAUAUGGAUUCCGUCUUCCUAAUGAAACUUAUGAUGUAUAUUGCUAUGUGGAACGUUUAGAAGGUACUGUGUUCCAUGUAACUGUGCCUGACAAGCUAACCUUUGAAGAAGCUAAAGAGGAAUGUGAAAAAAGAAACGCAGUCCUUGCUACAGUUGCAGAGCUGUAUGCUGCCUGGAGGAUAGGCUAUGACCAGUGUGACUUUGGCUGGCUGGCUGAUGGCAGUGUUCGCUAUCCUGCAUCCGUGGCUAGACCUCAAUGUGGAGGAGGUUUACUUGGGGUGAGAACCCUAUAUCGCUAUGAGAACCAAACAGGCUUUCCUUUGCCAGAGACAAAGUUUGAUGCCUACUGCUUUCAAGGUGAACAAAAUGUUUCAGAUUCUCCAUCUGUUGAGCUGGACAUACCUCUGGAAAGUGUGUCAGAGCUAAAACUGAUACCUUCUAAAGUUACUGUAACACCUCCUGUCUCUGAUACUCCUGUUAUGGAAUCAGCUGUCACCAAAAUGAAGAUCCCUAAUUUGGAAAAAAUUGCCAUGGAAUUGGAAAAGGAAGAUACAGGCCUAACUACAGAAGUAGCGGAGAAAAAGCAGGAAGAAAAAAUGCCCAAGGACAACAUUAAGUUAACUACUACUCUACCUCAGACUGUCACACAUGGCAAAAUGGACACUUCUGAUUCCUUACAAAUGGCAGAAUCUGACAGUACACCUAGGUUAGCAGCGAGCGCAUUCACACCAGAGGAGAUGGACCGUGCUUAUUCUGUUGCAGAAUUGUCUGAGAAACCAGGUAGGUCUGAAAGCACUGAGGAUGCUUUUGUGACCUCAACAAUUUUUCAGAGCAGAACACCUGGAACUGAGAUUUCUACUGAUUCAUGGAAAACUUUUGAAAGCCAGACUGAACAAAUAGAGGUUGGUCCAAUAAGAGCAUCUGUAGAGACCUCAGUGCAAACAUCCAUCUGGGAGAUUUCAGAAACAGACACUUCAGUCACAUUAACAAGAGGGGAAAUGUAUCUUGGUGCCCAAACCACGAAAGAACCCGGAAAAAAAUCAAUGGAAGCAAAAUCGGACAAAAAACUUACAACUGUUGUUAUUCCCAAAGGUCUAUACACUGAUCAUGAAGAGAUUACAACAGAGGAGGAGGGCAGAGCAAGCGCAUACACUGUUGUGCCUGAUUCGAGAACUAUGGCUUCUAGCAGAACGCCAGGAUCAGGAGUUAUUACUGUAUCAAAGACUUUCUUGGAUGAGGACAGUGUAACAUCUACAGCACAUGAGCCAACUCCAGCAGUUAGAGUAAGUUCCCCUGUAACUCUGUUUGAUGAAAGUGAGGCAUCAGCUGAAGGAAGUGGAGAAGAUUUGAAAGAUGUUCAGCCUACUGAUGCUGAAAUGUCAUAUGGAGUUCCCUUAUCUACAGCUGUACAAGCAAUUAAUCAGACAGAAACUGAAUCUGCGCUUCUCUCACAAGAAGGUACACCCUCACCACAAAGUUUAGGAGAGAGCAUGCAAACUAUUAUCUACCCAUCUCACCAAACAACAACGUCAGCCAUCUUAAGAGAGCAAGAGAGAAAACAGGAAAAAACUAUAGCGUCGGAAGAGAAAAUAAUAGAUGGUACAACUUAUUAUAUCACAACAGCAAUUUCUGCCUCAGAUAAGGACAUAUCAGAACCCAUGGUCUAUGUACCAAGUGAGAAAUUCACACUUGCCCCUCAAGUUUCUAGCAUGUUGCUAUCAACUGAUAAGGAUCAGAAAUAUGUAGCUGAAGAUAUGUUUCAUACUGAAACAAUAGAUAUUUUAAAUACAGAAGAUGAUACUGAAGAUGGAUCACAGAUUUCUGUAGGUGGUUCAGGGCACGGGGUACAUCCAGAGGAAGCAACAGGUGGAACUACAGUAAGCAUUGAGCCAACAGACAUAAGCAGUAAAUUUACAGCUGUAUCAGCUGAUUCAGAUCAGGGUAAAAGUGUCUUCUCCAUAAGCAGAGCUUUAGAAUUGGAAGUAAUUACAGUAUCAAAAGAAUCACUGGAACAAAGCAGUGCAACAGUAGAGCCUUUUAUAUCUUCAGUGCCAGCAUCACAAGCUACACUAUUGCCAGCUGCCAUACCCACGGUCAUAACUGACAAAAUCCAAAUGACAAAGAGUUUUACAGAACAUGAAGGAGAUGAUGUUUCAGGGUAUCGUGAUAUUUGGAAAACACAUGCUCCUACAGAAAUAGAAGGAGAUGUGGUCACUGAAAAAUAAAUAGCACCACCUGCUGAAGACUUUGCACCUACAGAGAAGAAAGUUACAAAACACGCAGUUACAGAAGGUGUGAAGAUAAGUGCUGGAACAGUCGGUAAAGAAGAAUCACCUGCAUUAGCAUCCACUACUGUAAAAACUUAUGAAGUAACAAGUGCAGUUAAUUUGUUGGAUGAAGGAAGUACUGCUGAGCUGGUAACAGAAGCAGAAAGAAUGACUACUAUAUACCCACAUAUUUCAGACAUAGAAGAAAGAGUGCACAUUGAUUUUACAGGGACAAAAGAACCUAUUAUAAUUAGCGAUAUAACAACAACAGACACUACUGUUGCAAUUUCACCUACAGAACUUGAUGUUUCCCCAGCUGUUGUGACUUCAGAAGCUGAAAUCACUGAAGUAACGAAGAUUACAGAUCAGGCUCCUUUUAAUGUCACCAUUCCCGUAGAAGGAACAGAAACAAGCACAACAGAUACAGGAGUUUUUGUGGAGGAACACUUUAUCGAAGAUCGAACUAAGGAGGAACUGGCUGUUGCCACAGGCUCUACUGCAACAGUUUCUAAGGUACUAGUGUCUUUUUUUCCUUUACCUGGACCAACAUCAACAUCAAAACCUGAAAUGGCUCCAACAUCUGUUAAAGCAAAGGAGGAUGUAGAAGGUUCGGGUUCAGCAUAUGAUGAAAAAUUUACAGCUACAGAAGCAGCAGCGCCCUAUGUAAAGUUAACAGUUUCUGAAAAAGCACCUGGUGAAACAAUGACUGGGACCACACAACUUGCAGUUUCUCCCAAACUUGAGGGGAUUACUGAACACAAAGUAAAGACCACUGAAGUUAUAACAGCAGCACCAAGUACUGAAGCUGAAGUGGAUGGAAGUAGAAGAACCCCCAUUGAGGAAGAAGACAGAAGUGCGGGGAGGUGGGAAUCAAUGUUGACAUCACAUACUGAAAGUACCGCUCAUCACACUGAGAAAUCUACAGCUGAGGAAAUUGUGGAACUUCUUACAACCCAGCCUGGAGAAGGUUCAGGAAUAUUGGAGGAACCUAAAGGAACAGAACCAAUGAUGGUUUCAGCUAUUUCUACGGAGAAAACAACACUACUGCGUGAUUUAACUUCAUCUUUUAUUGAUGCAGCUGACAAAUUCCAACCUGCUUCAACAUCCAAACCAUUUGUUACUGAAAAACCACCACCUAUAAUUUACACAGAAGAUGAUGAAGAAAGAAGCAGUGACAUCAUUAUAAUUGGUGAAUCUACUUCUCCCAGCAAAGCCACUACUGAUGAUGAUCUCACAGGCAAGACAGUGGAGCCAGACAUUGAUAAAGAAUAUUUCACAUCAUCAACUGCUACUGCAGUUGCACGACCUACCACACCACCUAAAGUGGAGGAAGCCACAGAGGCUUUACGACCUCAAGAUGUGUCUCCCUCUACUUCAUAUCCUGAUAGUGAACGUGAUAUAAAAAUGAUAGUUAUUAAAAUCACAGGCAAUGAUACAGAUCCAGUGCAUGAAUUUUUGGAUCUAUUUCGUAUACUUCCACCUGCAAUAGAUGAACCCCCCAUAGAUGCAGAGUCAUCAGAGACUGAACCUUGUACCACAGAGUCUGAACAAGAGUCACCUGAGAUCGUAAUACUGCCUGAUAUUAUACCACCAUUUAUAGACUAUGAAGAAGAGAAUGACUGUGAAAAUACAACUGAUGUCACAACUCCUCCAGCUUUGCAGUUCAUCAAUGGGAAGCAACAGGUGACCAGUGCACCUAAAAGUACAAAAGCUGAAGAAGCCAGAAGUGACCAAAUUGAAAGUGUUGCACACUCCAGAAAUGUAACAUUUUCACAAAUCAAUGAAAAUAACACUUUUAUAAUAUCUGAAAAUGAGGCUUCUGAUACAAUACAACCAAGCACAUCUAGAGAAAUAACAGGGGUACUUGAAAUUACACAAAAGCCUACAGCAGAUGUUGCAAUGUUAGAACCUGUGUUCAGUGGUGAAUCAGAAACUGCAACUGUGGAUAAAUCUGUAGAGAUAACUUCUAUAUUUGGACGAACUUCACCAGAAACUGUGGGGACGUUAACAGAGCGUGAAACUGAAUUUCAGUCAAGCUCAACGAAUGACACUGAAAUCUUACCUCUGAUUCCUGUAGAAUCUUCUGGAGAUGGUACCACUGAUUCUGAAUUAUCCAAUGGUAUCUUUUCGGGAACUGUGCAAAUGACAAUAAAGGAAGAUUCUGAAAAAAGUUCUGCUAUAACUUCUUCUGUUCCUAAUGCAGUUUCUGAUACUGUUUCCAUAGGCAUGGGGCAGGAUUUUAUGCCAGAAAAAGAAACCUCUAUUCUAAAAAGUGAUAAAACAACUAAGCCUGAUACAUUUUCUUCAUUGGAAGGUCUCAUGGAAACAACAAGUCAUACAGAGAAGUCUGUAGCAAGUCCUACAUCAUUCAUAAUACCAGAAGGGUCUGGAGAUGUAGAACAGGAUAUUGAUAAAACUUCUGCUAUGGUAACAGACACUGCAGUAACUGAAAAUGUUUCUGUGCAAGAUAUUUCAUUAGGCUCAGGAAAACUCCUGCCAACAAAAAUGACCACCAUUGUUUCAGGACCCACCAUUCCUUUGCCUCAGGGAACUGGCAUUGUCUCUUCUUUUUUUGAAGUUGCUGAAGUAACUGCCUCUGCCAAAUCUGAUAGUGGGUCCGUUACUGAAAAAGGGGUUAUCAGCUCUACAGGAACUGAACUAAACAGUAAAGAAAAUGGAAAAGAAGCACAGAGCACUGUUUAUUCAACUAAGAUAUAUCCAUCUACUAUUGAGACUGGAAAGCUGGUAUUCAGUGAACUGGGAAGUUCUAGUGAUGAAGUCAGAGUUGUAAAACAGGUAUCUACCACUCUCAGCAAAACGGUGUCAGUGACAGCUGCCACCUAUCCUGAAAGCAAAGGGGUUCCUGCUGAUCCUCUCUACACAGAGAAAGGGCUUUUCAUAGAUGAAGGAUCUGGAGAAGAACCAGCAGACAUAAUGAAAACCACCACUGACAUAAUUUCAGGGAGUCCCACAAACAAAGUGGUAAGUACUGACUCCCCAUUUAUUGAUCCAGGUUCUGGAGAUAGAGAUUUUAUUACUGAAUCUACUACCAAGACUUCAGCUCCAUUGAGGCCUCUGACUUCAAGCCUUGAAAUACAAACUAAAAAGGAGGAAAGAGAAGUUUAUCACACAAAUGCUUCACCUGUGGAAUAUACAACAACUCUUGAACCAACAAUGUCAGUUUUAAGUACUGAGUCAGAUGGCUUAACUAAGGAAGCUGAAACAGGGAGUCUGAUAUCCCAAAGCAUUUUUAGUACAAAACAGCCAGAACAAAAACGUGAAAUAGAAACAACCUUUGUGAUUACAUCUGUUCCUUUACAAGAAAAAUCUAGUCCCGGAAUUAGAAAAGAAAUUACAACACUUCCUAUUGCAACAGAAGGUGAAACUAAAUACACAGCGCAGUCUGGUGUCACAUCAUCUACCGAGUCUGUAGUUGAAACUACUCGUCCUGAUGUCAUGUUGACACAUGCUGUCAGUAGUAUAACUGUAGCAACUGAAUCUAUAGGAAGUAAAAGUGGAAAAGACAGUUCUCCGACAAGCUCUGUAAACCUCUUUAUGGAAGCAGGAUCUGGAGAAGAAUCCAGAGAUGACAGUAGUAUGAUAGAUCAAGUAACACAAGGUCCCAAAGAAAAACUACUUAGAACUAAUUUCCCAUUUAUUGAUCAGGGUUCUGGAGAAAUGGACACUACUGCUGUGUCUUUUACAGAAACAAUAGUUUCACCACAUUUAGCAGCUAGACAACCAGAAACACAAACAAAGCAGGAUGAGAAAGAGACUACCAGCCCACCAUCUGUUGAUUAUUCCUUUACUGUUGAAUCUGAGAUCCUAAGUAGAAGAACUGAAAGUGAAUUCGCCACACUUAGAACUGAAAUUGACAAAGAGAUGGAAGAACAAACAAUGUCUCAUGAUUUCAUAGAGAAAGCCUUUGUUACAAAACUUCCUUUGGAAGAACAUAUACAUUUGGAACAGGAUGUGCCUGCAGAAACUUCACAAAAACCUGAGGAUUCUUCUUCAGUAACAACAGAGGAAUAUUUCAAUAAGGGUACAGAUCUUAGCCUUGAGAUUUCCAUUGUUACCACUGUUAGCCCAUAUUCAGAAGAAAAUAAUUUGGAGAUAAGUUCUGGCACUGAAUCUGUUGAAAAAAUGCCCUCUUCCUUUGAUGAUUUUACUUUAGUAACUGAGUCCAUACAACUUAAAAGCAAAGGUAUAAGUCCUCCAGCUUCUCUUACAAGAAAAGAAAAGGAGCAGGUACAAAACAUUUUCCCUACAGAAGAUAUUCAGAGAUCACUUCCAAUUUCUAAAGGUGGUGGGCUAAUAAUUAAAGAGACCAGUAGUGAUUCAUUGUUUUCAGGACAAGGGUCAGGAGAUGAUCUCAGUCCUAUGUCUGUAGCGCCACUGAAUUUUGUGACUGCAAAAGAAACUGCCAGUACUUUAAGUUCUGAGACUGAAAGUGUGGGACCAAGUCCUUCAACUGAGAAAGCAGAAGUGCUUGGAAGAAGUACUGAACAAAGUCAUUAUUCUAGUGAAGGAGUCAUUCUACUGGAUUUUGUAACCAAGGUAGCUUCAGAAACAACAGAUAAGAUGAUCACCAGGACCUCAGUCUUCACCGAAGAGAGUUCUACAGAUUUCAGUACUAGAGAAUCUACUGAGAAAAAACUCUCUUCUGUUGUCACUGAAGAUUCUCAGGAACAGGAAGCUGUCCUUACGACGAAAGAAAGUGAAAAAUACAGAACACCAGCUGCUAUUGAAGUUGUAACUCAAGAGAAAACUUUACAGCUGAUGACUAAUGAAGGUACAACUUCUACUUCUGUAUUUUUUAAUGGAACUUCUAGUCUUGAAACAGAGGACACAUUUGUAACAUCAGCAUCAAAAAUUCCAGCCUCACUAUUACAUGAAAGCUUUGGAGAAGGAUCUGGCUGGGUUGAAAUUGAAGGAUCAGUUCUUCCAGAUGCACCUACUCAUUUUGCAGGUCCCCAGACAGCGAAUUAUUCUGAAGUACUGACCACAGAGGCAACAAUAAAUGUAUCACAAACUGUUUCAGCAUUAUUGCAAACUGAUGCAGAAGCAAAGGAAGUCUUACUGAAUCCAACCAUAAUUCAACCAAAGACAGUUACAGGGAGAUAUGAAAAAAAUGUUCCAAUACUUGAUGACAAAAGAAUACUUACAGGAAACAUUUCUAUUUAUAAUGGGGUUACAUUAAUUGAAGAACGACCGGGAAUUACAUUAGAGGAAACAGCAAUCAUAGAUGCAGAUCACUCUAAAACGAUGCCUGAACAUAUACUAACUGUGGAGACAACUGCAGAUGCAGAGAUACAGUCAACAUAUGGCAGUAAUGAUAGUAUGACAGUUGAAACUGAGAAGUACGAUUCAACACCCAGUCUUCCUUCAAAUGAAGAAAAAUCAGAUGGAUCUGGUGAUAGUCUUUCUUUGACUGCCUCUGGAUUGUCAAUAAAUAGUGAAUCAGUAACAGUUAAGCACACACCAAAAUACAAGGAUUUUGGUUCAGGGGAUGUUAUGCAGUUCACAACAGAAACUCCCAGCACUACUGAAUUUUCUGAAUUAGGUUCUUUUUUUCUAACAAUACCAUCAUUGUCCAGCCCUACAGUGACCCACAGAGUGAAUGAAGACACCAAAGAAUCUCAGCUUGAGACUAAACAUGUAACACCAAAAAGUUCAACAGAAGGCAUCUCUGAAUCAAGUACUUUUGCAGACAAUCAAGUAAUAGCAGAUCAAAGUGAAAUAGUUUUUACCUCUGGGUAUUCAGGAAUGGGUCAAGAGAAUCUUGAUGAAAAGAAGCCGGUGGUUCCCUCUUUUAGACCAGACUUACCUACUGAGACAGAACAGGAGUUAACAAGUGAUGCAUCUAAUGUAAGUAUUGCUUCUACACAGUUUAUAUCUCAACGUAUAACAGAUUCACCUUAUGUGAGGGAAGAACAACGUACAGUUUACACAGAAACAAAAACCACAUCAAUAGACUCUGAAGAAACAGAUUCACCAAACCUUUUUUCUGUAACUCAAACUCCAAAAUCUCUAGUAACUGUCCAGUUAGUAAAUGGAGUAUCUGAAUACCCAGAAGUAAUCAUUCCAAGUACUUUGUCAUCAACUCAUUCAAACAGGUCCGACUGGUCAUCAGAACAAAUCUUCAAAGAAGUUAGUGCUGAUGUAACAGCUACUUAUAAGCCACCCACUAAAGAACUUUUUAUUGAAACUAAGUCUCCACUAGAUUCUUCUUCAGAACCUGGAUCUGAAAGCACAACUAUUGAGAGUACUCCUGAUUUUAGUGGACAGAUAACAGACAGAACUGAAGAAACAGAAACUUCUGUAAGUGAUUUGAUUAUUGAAGAAGAGACAACUAUUUCUGGAGAUACUCAAUCUACAGCUGUUGUUCCUACAGCUUUUAUACAGCCUGGAGAAACAGUAUACACAGACAUUCCAAAAGUUAGCACAGCAGAAGAUGAAAUCCCUACAGAGAGAGUAAAAGACCAUAGCCCUGUAGGUGAAGGCAGUACUGAGGAAGGUUUGCCAUGGCUAUACCCCACAUUAGCUUCAGUUUCACACGACAGUACCAAAGGUGGAGUAUUGAAAUCUGACCAGGAAACUAUUACGAUGUUAACUUCAUUUUUGGACCCUCUGGAAAUAAGUGGGAAAACAGAAAUAGCUUUGGUAGUACAGAAGGAAUCAACAACAAUAUCUUCUAACAUUGCAACAAAGAUUGCAGCCCCUGAAAGCAUUUCUGAUUCUAAUAAGCAGACAACAGUAAGCACCGAGGAGCUAAAUACUACUCAACUUGUAACUUCACCAUUUUUCCUUCUGGAUAUUACUAAUCAAUCAGAUAUUUUGAUUGGCACCAGAGGGGGUUCAGUUGAAGGCACAGCUGUCCAAAUACCAGGCCAAGAUCCAUGUAAAAGUAAUCCCUGCCAUCACGGGGGCACUUGUUAUCCACGUGGCUCUUUUUACAUCUGCACAUGUUUGCCAGGUUUCAGUGGUGAGCAGUGUGAUUUAGAUAUUGAUGAAUGCCAGUCUAAUCCUUGCCGAAAUGGAGCCACAUGUGUUGAUGGCAUCAAUACAUUUAUCUGUCUCUGUUUGCCAAGCUAUGUAGGUGCUCUUUGUGAACGAGACACAGAGACUUGUGACUAUGGCUGGCAUAAGUUCCAAGGGCAGUGCUACAAAUACUUUGCCCAUCGUCGUACAUGGGAUGCAGCUGAAAGAGAGUGUCGUCUCCAAGGAGCCCACCUGACGAGCAUCUUGUCUCAUGAAGAGCAGAUAUUUGUGAACCGAAUUGGGCAUGAUUACCAGUGGAUUGGUCUCAACGACAAGAUGUUUGAGCGUGAUUUCCGUUGGACUGAUGGCAGCACACUGCAAUAUGAAAACUGGCGGCCAAACCAGCCAGAUAGUUUCUUUUCUUCUGGAGAAGACUGUGUUGUUAUAAUUUGGCAUGAGAACAGCCAGUGGAAUGAUGUACCAUGCAAUUAUCACCUUACGUAUACCUGCAAGAAAGGAACAGUUGCUUGUGGGCAACCUCCUGUUGUGGAAAAUGCAAAGACCUUUGGAAAGAUGAAACCUCGUUAUGAAAUCAACACGCUGAUUCGAUACCAUUGCAAGGAUGGUUUCAUCCAGCGUCACGUUCCAACCAUUCGUUGUCAAGGGAAUGGAAGAUGGGAUCUGCCUAAAAUUACCUGCAUGAAUCCGUCCACGUACCAAAGGACUUAUUCUAAGAAAUAUUACUAUAAACAUUCUUCGUCGGGAAAGGGAACUUCAUUAAAUUCAUCAAAACAUUAUCACCGCUGGAUCAGGACGUGGCAGGACUCAAGGCGCUGAAUGCUAAAUGGUGAAUGGGGAUAUUCACCAUUUCAGCCAAAGUCCUAACUUACUGUGCCUUUUCUAUCACUUAUAGGAGUAUUAUUGAAUCAUUUUGAAACUAUGGACUCCAGUAUUCACAACACAUUUUGCAAAAAAAUUUGGUGUUUGUCAGAAAAGUGAGAAAGGAAAAAAAAGAACAAAAAUUGGGGGAAACCAUUUCCAGCCAGUCAGGAUGGUUAGCUUUCUAUAUGCCACCAGCGGGGGACCAUGGGGUAAUGUAAACCAGCCAACAGCAAUAGUUAAACAGCUCAAUUAUAGCACCAAUGAAAAUGUAAAUAAGAUGAUUUAAUGAUGUUUAAUUGUGUGUUGUUUUUAAAAUCCUGUAUAUAAAAUUAAAAGUCACAUUAAGUUCAGGCAUAUUUAUGGUUAUAUGGCCUCAGAGGUCUUUAAUCAUGAUUAGGUUGUUGAAUGACAUUCACCUAGGCUGGAAAUGGUUUCAAUAAUUGCAUUGAGUUAAAAGAUAUUUUUAGCAGGUGAAGAUAAACACAAAUUACAUGACAUUUUUGGACACUGCCAUCCCCUUUCAGAGAUAAAGUUUGUGUCCAAGAGAUGCAGAACUUAGAAGUAGCACAUAAAGUGGGAUCAAGCCUGAUGUAGGGACUGCAAUGUGGAACUUUUCCUGCUCUCCAUACUGGAUUCAUCAUUCAUGAGAAAGGACUGCAUGGAGGACUUAUAUAUGACAAGGAGGGCCUGUAAAAAUCAAAGUGCUAAUACAUUAACUCUCUCAACCAGGGCCAUUUUUUAAAAAUGAUUUUCACAACACUAACCACAGGUCUAUGUUACAGGUCUCUGCAUUUUAAAAUGGAGAUAGACCUAGGAUUUGGGGGAUUUUUUU